AAUCCAGUUGAGUCUGCUUGCAUCUUAUGCCUUUUGAUGGCAUCGUUGUUUUACUCUUUCUUACGUCAAUAAACCUGUGGACAACGGACAACUGUCUUCAGAGUCGUGAUGUCAGGAAAGAGUUUGUCUAACUGCCAAGGUGUAUCACGGCACAUAUACUGAGGGCAGCAUAGUAAAACAACGGCUUUCUAGCGGGCAAGAUAACGCAGCCAGCUGGCAGACGCUACUAACAACGUCAUCUCACGCAGCCAGUGGAUGACCAUCACAGCAGUGUCUAAACAGAGGUACGUCACCAGACAACACCAUGUCCGAGAAAGCAACUUCAUUAAAGACGCGGUCCCGCGCUACAUGUUCUGCUACAUACUCAAGUGUAUCAUCAACGGGGUCUGCUGCAGCAAAGGCAAGAGCGAGAGCAGAAGCAGCAAAGGCACGCAUGUCCUACGCCGAAGAGGAAAUGAGCCUAAAGCUAUAAAAAGCUAAGCUGGAAGCCUCAAUAGAAAUGCUCAAUUACAAGAAAGAAACUGCUGCAGCCGUAGCUGAGGCCGAAGCCCUUGAAGCUGUGGUAGAUAAAAAUAGUGAAAGACAUAGUUCCAUGUUAAAUUUGGACUCCAGUCCUUUGGAAGCUGCACAACGCACAGAACAAUAUGUGAUUGAUCAAGCCGAAUCACAAAACACAGACGCUCAGCUGCAUGAUGAUGGUGUUGGAGCAAUAAGAGGGUCAAGCCCUAACUACGAAACUCCAGCUUCAUCUAUCAAAUCUGAAGUCAACUCAUUCCAUCCGGCCCAAGCCAAUAUAGCUUCCCAUCAUACACAUGGCCACAAUGCAGCUUCUCAACCAACUCGCCUCAUCUCACAGCAGCCUUACAUCUAUGAAGAUGAAAAGCUCGAUGGGACACGCAAUGUUCGGUUUGACAACCACAAUGCCACUCCUGAGCAAGGUCUUGGACCUCAAAACGACAAAGGCGAUCCUGCUCUUAAAUCCUAUCUCACAUCUUCAAACACCAAUAAUAACAACUCCAACAUUAGCGACUUUGUGAGAUACUUUGCUCGUCGUGAGCUUGUGGCAACAGGCCUACUUCAAUUCAACGACAGACCUCAGAACUACAGAGCCUGGAAACGGUCUUUUCAGAAUGCAACCAGAGGUUUGGACCUGACACCAAGCGAGGAAAUGGAUCUCCUGUUUAAGUGGCUCGGCAAAGCGUCAGCAGAACAGGUCGAGCACAUAAGAGCAAUACACAUCAAUCAUCCAGCAGCAGGUUUGGCUAUGAUAUGGGACAGACUUGAACAAUCUUAUGGCUCCGCAGAAGUAAUAGAAGAUGCUCUGUUCAAACGUAUCGACGCCUUUCCAAAAAUAACAAAUCGAGAUUAUUCUAAACUAACAAAGUUGAGUGAUCUUUUAAUGGAACUAGAGUCAGCCAAAGCUGAAGGAGACCUACCCGGCCUCUCUUUCCUCGAUACAACGAGAGGCGUCAACCCAAUUGUACAGAAGCUCCCCUUCGGUCUGCAGGAGAAGUGGGCGUCAGUUGGGUCAUCCUACAAGCGGCAACAUCACGUUUCAUAUCCCCCCUUUGCCUGCUUCGUAAACUUUGUUAGCCAAGAAGCUAGUGUCAAAAAUGACCCAAGUUUCAACUUUGUCUCUCACUCAGACAUUUCUCCCAGGCCAGAAAAAACAGCUUGGAAGCCAAACAGACCGCGAGAAGUCUCUGUUCACAAAACAGAGAUAUUUCCAAAAGCCAUCUCUGAUCCUAGGGAGCCCUCAACGAAAUUCAAUGACUGUGACAAACUGUGUCCAAUCCAUAAAAAACCUCACCCUAUACGCAAAUGCCGUGCAUUCAGAGAAAUGCCCAUCGAAGACCGUAAGACAUUCUUAAAAGAGAAUAACGUCUGUUUCAGAUGCUGUGCUUCAUCAUCACACAUUGCAAGGUACUGCACAUUUAAUGUUCGUUGUUAUGAAUGUAAAAGUGAAAAACACCACACAGCGCUUCACCCUGGACCUGCUCCCUGGGUUGGAGGAAAAGACUCUGCUCCAGAGCAUGGCGGGGAGGAGGAUAGCUCUCCACAACCCCAUGUCACCACCAAAUGUACAGAUGUCUGUGGCGGAGACGUAACGGACCGAUCCUGCUCUAAAAUAUCCCUUGUGAAUGUGUAUCCAGCCGGCCACGCUCACAAAGCAGUGAAGAUGUACGUGAUUCUGGACGAACAGAGCAACAGAUCACUACUUCGUUCACAGUUCUUCGAAGUCUUCAAUGACCAAAGUCCAAGUGCUCCUUACUCACUGAAAACAUGUGCUGGAGUAAAGAAAGCGACAGGAAGAAGGGCCUGUGGCUACAUCGUGGAAUCUUUGGAUAGGACCGUCAGCAUCCCACUACCCAGUCUCAUAGAAUGUGAUGACAUCCCAAAUAACAGAAGUGAGAUUCCAACUCUCAAUGCAGCUUUUCAUCACGCACACCUAAAGUCAGUCGCACACCUCAUCCCAGAUAUCGACCCACAAGCCCCAAUUAUGCUUCUCUUAGGUCGGGAUAUUAUCAGAGUCCAUAAGGUCCGCAAACAGGUCAAUGGCCCACACAACCUACCUUAUGCUCAGAAGUUGGAUCUGGGAUGGAUCAUCGUGGGUAAUGUAUGUUUAGGCCGCGUUCACAAACCAUCGACAGUCAACGCCUUCUACACGAACACCACGGAACGGGGACGCCCUACUCUCUUUGACCCGUGUCCUAACAUGUUCCGUGUAAAGGAAAAAUACAGUGACACCCAAGCCACAAACCACCUCCAAACACACCCUGAAGAGAUAUCAAACUGUGAUGUUGACAGCCUAGGACAUAACAUAUUCAAGCAGACCAAGGACGACAACAACAUGGCUCCGUCUAUCCAGGACAUCUCCUUCAUGAAAAUAAUGAAAGGACUAACAAAAGAUGCAAACAACAGUUGGGUAGCUCCAUUACCCUUUAAAUGCUCACGUCAACGGCUCCCCAAUAACAGGCCACAGGCAUUGAACCGUCUCAAGUCGCUCAGACGCAACUUUGAAAGGAAGCCUGAAAUGAGAGACCAUUUUCUCAGUUUCAUGGACAAGAUGUUCAAGAAUGGUCAUGCUGAGUUAGCCCCCUCCUCCCAGUGAGGAUGAAGAACAGUGGUACUUGCCAAUAUUUCAGUGAGCUUCGCAUUGACCCUGACGUCCAAAGUUUUGUGAUGCGUGACUUCUAUGUAGACGAUGGGUUGAAGUCCUUGCCCACAGUCGAAGCUGCAGUCAACCUGCUGAAAAAGACACAAGAUGUUUUCUCCAAAUCAAACCUAAGGCUGCACAAGAUCGCAGCAAACAACAAGGAGGUCAUGGAGGCCUUUCCGGCCGAAGAUCGUGCAAAAGACCUUAAAGACCUGGACCUCAGUGCAGAUACGCUGCCAAUGCAGCGUAGUCUUGGAAUCAAUUGGGACCUCCAGACCGACUGCUUCCACUUCAGCGUCUCCGACGAGAUAAUAUCCUACACUCGACGGGGUGUCUUGUCUACAAUCAACAGCCUCUACGAUCCUCUAGGGUUUGUAGCGCCAGUCACAAUACAAGGCAAGGCUAUUCUGAGAGAACUCACAACUGACAAAGGUGACUGGGACUCGCCUUUGCCCCAAGAAAUGGAAGACGCAUGGACAUCUUGGAGAGCAUCUUUGAAAGAACUGUCCCAGCUUUCUAUUCCCAGAGCCUACACUACAACUUCUGUCGCUGCAGGCCGUUUGAACGACACAAACUGGCUGAGUGGACCCAAAUCUCUGUACACACCGGAGACAAGUGCCUCAGAGAGCAACUACAAGCUUGUAGACCCGGGUUCAGACCCAGACAUUCGCCCUCUGGUGUCCACUUUGAGUACUACAACAACAUCCAAGCAGCUUGGUUCUCAACGAUUCUCAAAGUUCUCAUCUUGGAAGUCUCUAACACGGGCCAUUGUUCGCCUCAUACACAUAGCCCGUCUUUUCAACAUGACCUUGAAGAACAGCCCUUGUAAGGGCUGGCAUCACUGUAAAACAGGAUACACUGUUGAGGAGUCUGAUCAAGCGUUUGUUAGGUUGUAGU